AUCAACACCAUUGCAGGAGGUGAUGCCAGGCAUUCGGUUUCGAACAUCCAAGACGAAGGAAACAAUCGACUUUGGCUCUCCUAGUCAACUUUUGUAAAACUUAACGUAGAAAAAUUUUUGCAAAUAUACCUGUGGGCUUCUCGAGCUAAGGCUAAAAUGGAUUCAGCUAUUAGCGAAACCAAUCGCAAAUUAGAAGAAAAUGGCACGUUUUGGGAUAACCUCGGCAACUACACGGCUAUCCUAAGUAUCACCUACUUCUUCGUAACCAUCCUCCAGAUUUUAACGCGGGUAUGGGAGGCACAAGGGAAUGCGGCCAAAUCAACUAAAUCAGUUACUGCAAGGGAAGAAGUUGUACAACAACAGGCCGCCGAAACCACACGGAUCUAUGAGGCUCUGGAAAAAUUGGCUAAAGUGUCCGUGUCAAAUCGUUCUUAAUCCCAUGCUUAUUACUCCUUGUUAAUACAUCUAUUUAAAUUCACA